CCGGCAUGGGAAGAUCUUCACCCCGGACUAUGUCAUCAUGAGCAAGCCUGUGCGCUCAGACAUGGUGCAGUCUGUUUCUGAGAGUUGAGCGAUACAUCAAACCCGCCCCGACGCCUCAUCAAUUCCUGAGACGCCGCAAGCUCAACGCGAAGUAACAGAAACUUGGGAACACGAGACACGACCCAGAUGGCCCAGGGGCCUUGCUGAAAGCUCAGGACCUUCCCAUGGCAGUGGUCGAGACCGGCGCCGACUGGGAGCCUAACCUUACGCUUUUGCAAACCCCAGCUGCCACGCUGGUCAAGCUUGGCGAGAUUGUCCGUAACGCGACGCUUGCACUGCCGCAUGAGGGGGCUGUUCCGGACCUCAUCGACAUGGAUGCCCAGGGUCACACCUCUUCAUGUGGUUCCUGUACCAUAUUUUGGACCACACUUCGAUUGCAACAAAGGACUUGGGCUAAAUCGACGUAUCCGCCUUGUGCUGUGUGUCAAACGUGGCCCUUGCUGGAUAUUACAGCUUGCAUCAUCUCUGUUCAGCCCCGGCCAACCUCCAUUGGGUACGGCGCACAGUGAAGCAUACAGAAUGACAACGGGGCUUUGUUUGCCGCGGCUGGGACUGCCUGCGAAAUGGCAUUGCAUGGGUCUAUGAAGUAGGCCUCGAAAUUC